AUGGGUGGCGAUCCAGGCGCAACCACCUCCACGGCAUACUCGCAGGCCAAGAUUUCAGUGUGGUGGGACAUUCACAACUGUUGCGUUCCUAACGGCCAAGACGCUCACUCCGUCGCGCAGAACAUAACCUCCGCUCUCGUCAACUCCAACUACCGCGGCGCCGUCUCCAUCUCUGCCUACGGCGACACCAACCGCAUUCCGCCGCCCAUCCAGCACGCCCUCUCCAGCACCGGCGUCGCUCUCAACCACAUCCCCGCCGGUGUGAAAGAUGCGAGCGACAGGAAGAUCCUAGUGGACAUGCUGCUAUGGGCAAUAGACAAUCCCGCCCCCGCUAACUACUUGCUCAUAUCCGGCGACAGAGACUUCUCCAACGCGCUUCACCAACUCAGCAUGCGAAGGUACAACAUUCUCCUCGCGCAUCCGCCGCAAAUUUCUCCCUCCCUCUUCGCCGCCGCCAAAGUCGUUUGGCUUUGGACAACCCUCUCCGCCGGCGGUGGCCCUCUCCACGUUGCCGAUUCCGACUCUGCCUCCGCCGUUAAACCCACCCCUCUCCCUGAACCACCUAUUCAUUUCAAAUCCGAAACUAAAUACUUAAGAAAAAGUACUACGAAAUCCCCAAUUCCACCUCUUCAAAUACCUGACGAGAGUAAGAGUACCAACAAUGAUGUCCCUAAUACGGAACCGCCCCAACCACCGAGAAAGUUCGUUAUCGGAGCUCCUCAUGAAUUCUUUGCUAGCAAAUGUAACCAGCCCGUAAUCCCCAUCCCAAUGCCAACUCUUUGUAAGUUGAAUGAUGAAACUUCGAUUCCUCAAGAUUCACGCCAACAUUCUUCGAGGCAAAAGUUAAUUGAAAUUCCUCAUGUUCUGAAUGUUGCUACUCAUACGUGGGAUGGUUCUAGACUAAGCAUUAGCCAUCCUGAGUUCAAUGUGGAGAGGCUUAUCGAUGUUAUUAUGAGAACUCUAAACUUUCUCAAGGUUGAAAAGGUUGUGUCCACCGAGGCAAAUAUAACCGAUUGCAUUCGUUAUGGGGAUCCCGUAUAUCAAACAAUUGAUGUUAGGAAGGCCUUGGAUUUUGCCAUUGACCAAGGUAGGAUAGAGAAACGAUUCUUUGGGGCGUUGCAUUUGUAUAUUGGGAGAAAUGAGACGCUCUGGAAGUGUGUGAACCAUGCAGGGGGUCAUCCUAGUGAUUACCCACAAGAAACGUGGGACAGAGUUAAGCAAUUCCUUACUUCAUCAAGAGGGAGAUCGUUGCUUUUGGUUUCGCGUUGCAGAUUUGAAGCCUGUUUGAUUCUAAAGAGAUCGUGCCUUGAAGAGGUUGUAUUAGGGGACGCGCUUAAAAUUCUAGAGAUGAUGAUCACAGUCAAGAAAUGGAUUAUACAUCAUCAUAGUGGGUGGCAGCCGAUUACCAUUAGGCUUAAGGAGAGUAAAGGUGAUGCAGAUAUUGAUUCUGAUGAUAAUCUAGAUCCAAUGUGA